AUGCUCGUGUUGGAGCAAGGAGCGCCGCAUUUCCAGGGCCAACUAGAUAUGACGAUGAUGGCAUUUAAUGCUGGUAUGGAGCGGACUCGACAGCAGUGGCAGACGCUGCUAGAGGCGGCUGGUCUAAGGGUAGUCAAAAUUUGGGAUCCCAUCGACGAGGCUGGCGAUGGCAUUGUUGAGGCGACGAAGUCCCAAAUCGUUCAAUUGCCACACACUUCGACCGGGAAUCUCCUCAUUCUGUACUAA